AUGAUUAUCUGCUAAGAUGAGCCAAGGAAUAUUAAUGAGUUAGAAAUAUAACUCUUAUAAGAAAAGGUGGAUCUUCUUAAACAAAAACUUAACUUACUUGAGGAAUUACAGGCAGCAUAAAGAGUUCAUCAGGAGGAGGAGUAUUUUGAAUAUGAUCCUAUUACUCUAGACUACAUGUAUAAAAUAAGUUUAAAUACUUGGACAACCUUUAGAGAAGCUUUCCAAGCAAGAUAUAACUAUUACCUCAACUAAAUAAGCCAUGGAGGUACUCACUAGAAAGCAAUAUAGAAGCAAAUAGAUCUUCAUUAAAAUACUCAAAUUCAGACUUCAUAAACUGCAAUGAAUGAAAAAGAAAUCGUAUCAUUUGGCGAUGAGGAGGUGAGAGUCUUUGAUUUCAUUCAGACUAAAAGCAUCAAAUAUCAUAAUGCCAAAACCAAUGUUAACCAAUUACUAAUAUUUGGCUUAUCAAAUGGAGAUGUGGUAAUUAGAAACCCUAUAGGCUAAGAACUUCUCAGAAUGGACACUGGACUAGGAGCUGAAAUUAUUGAUAUUGGUUCUCCACAAACUGUUGAUGAAGCAUAUUUUGCUGUGAUGAACAAAAAGGGUAUUUUAAAAGUUUUCAACUACACUAUAAUUGAGACUUCAUAGUCAUUUUACAAAUAUGCAAGAGAAAAAUACGGUUUAAAAUCAAAAGGUGACAGCAGGUCUGAAGAUGAGCUCAAAGAGACUACACCAGGGAAGAAAAUGUUUGCUGAUGGAUUUCCCUUGAAAUUCUCUCAGCCUUUGUAAAAUUUAUCAUUUGGAUAACCAAGGAUUUCUUAAGUAAUUUUAGUCUAUAAUGUUUAAAGUGUACUCUACAAAAACAUGAAGCUAAAAACAAGGUUCAGUUCUGAAUCAAACGAGGUUACUUAUAUUACAAAGAACUCAAACAAUCUAAUGAUUGCUAGUAAUUAUAGAUCACAGCUUUUUUAAUCUAUUUCAGAAAAUAAUUCGAUAAGCUUUGUUAAGGUUUUUGAAAGCAAAUUAGCCCCUAAUCAUUGUGACUCAGGCACAGCCAACCUCAAAAGGAUUGCUAGUGAUAAUCAACAUCUCGGAAUUCUUUAUGGACUAAGCUUUGACAAUGAAAUUUUUAUCUUUGAUUAGAAGCAGCAUGGCAACAAAUAAGACACAAUUGAGUGCAAAAUUGUUGGCAAAUUAGAACCUUUUGCUAGUUUGAAAGAUAAAGUCAAUCUCACAAUGACAACCCUUAAAGGUGGUUUAUUGUUCCAGGAUAAUUUAGGCAAUAUCUUUUAUCUCAAUACUACUGACAUCUAAAACAUUAUGAUUGCACCUCAAAUCGUUUAAUUUGAACCUAGCUAUCUUAAACAUCAGAAUGAUUUCUCAAUUCCAAUUGAACUUCUUGAUGCUAAAGAAAUUAGAAAUGUAUUCUCAAUUAGUGUGAUAGGAAAUCUUGUAAUGAUGAGAGUGCCAGCUGAAAAGAAUAACAAAAUUAUACUUCUUGAAUAUGCUUCAUCUGCUCAAUCAAGCUCUGGUGGUGGUAUUUGGGAUAACGUAAACUUUAAAUUCCCUGCAAUAUUCAUUUUGAUAUUGAUUGCUGUGGGAUAUAUGAUGUGGAGCAAAUAGCAAUCAGUGAGAGGAAAGACUGGCAAGGCUUUCGGUUUAGGAGGAGGUGGAUUAUCCUCAAAAGCAAAAUCUUCAAAGACUAGCUUUAAGAGAAAAAAAUUAGUAAAAUCAGUUCAUAAAAUUAAUUUUAUAAAUUCAAAAUCAAUGGCAUUAAAGCAGGCAAAGAAAAAUGACUAUUUUUAAGAUAUGAGAAAUAUCGAUGAACACACAAUGGAGGAAGAUAUUGAACUUCAUGAGUACAAAUAGAAAAAAGCGCAAAAGAAAAAGCAAGAGGUUGUUGUCACUCAGUCAUACAAUGAAGUAUAUUAGUAAAGUAACGAGUUUUCUCGAUAAAACGAGGAGGACAUCUAAAUUAUUGACACUCAAAUAGAAGAGGAUGAUUAAACUACAGAGACUAUGUAAUCUGAUAGAAUUGAAAAGAUGGCUGGAAGUACUCUAUAAAAGUUAAAAGAUAAACUCAAGGCAGCUUUCAUUAAAGAGUAAGAGCAAAAGACUUAAAAUACUGAGGAAAUACAAGAUAGCAGAAGAUUAUAAAACAAAAAGAGAGAUUUUAUUGAUGACUGCAAACUUAACUUUGAUAAUAAUCUUUACCCAUCAAAACUAGGCAAAAUGUAUUGUUUUUGGUACAACUCAAAGUAUCAACCAAGGAUAGUAUUAGGUCCAGAUUGGGCAUAUACAUUAAUAGAACUCAUUAUUGUUAAUAGUUUAGCAGGAGCUUUUAUUAUGACUAUAGACAGAAUAGCACAUGAAUGGCUAUUUUCAAUAGGUCUUGCUACUUUAAUGACUUAAAACUUCACCUUUCUUCUGACCUCAUUAGCAAAUCCUGACCACAAUUAUAUUGCUCCACUUGUAAGCUUAUUUAUUAAGAAGACAGAGAAAGCGAGCACUGUGAGUUCUGUGAUUAUUGCAUUGAAGAGCUAGAUCAUCAUUGCGCGUGGAGCAGUAAAUGCAUAGGAAGGAAUAACAUGA